UUUCAUCGUUCCCAAUUAUUACCAAUAUCGAAAAACUUUAAAAGGUUGGAAAAGAGAAUCGAAUUGUGAGAAAAAAAGCAAGUUUCAAUUGUUGUGUGUGAGCGUCUAUCCCCACAUUUUAAGUCAUUUUUAAGGGGUUGGAAGACGCGUUCACGGCACCUCAGCGAGUUUCGUCAACCCGUGCUGUAAACUAUUUGGAAAUCCGUGGAUCCUGUUCAAACAACAGCAAUCGACAUUCAAAGGAUUCCCGCAUUUACAUUUGACUCAUUACUUCCGUCAGCAACAUCUUCUAUACACAACGCUCUCGUACACAACAACAAAAAAGUGAAAAUGGUAAUGGACGCACAGCCAUCGCCGCAGAAUGUGGGCCGCGAGUUCGUGCGCCAAUACUAUACGCUACUCAACAAGGCACCGGACCACCUACACCGGUUCUACAACAACUCUUCUAGCUUCGUGCACGGUGGGCUUGACUCGAAGCACCAGGAUACGGCACUUGUUAUAGGACAAAAGCAGAUCCACAGCAAGAUACAGCAGCUGAAUUUCCGCGACUGUCAUGCCAAAAUCAGCCAGGUAGACGCGCAGGCCACGCUCGGGAAUGGUGUGGUGGUUCAGGUGACGGGCGAGCUCUCUAACGAUGGCCAACCGAUGAGGCGCUUUACCCAAACGUUCGUCCUAGCAGCCCAGUCGCCAAAGAAGUACUACGUUCAUAAUGACAUCUUCAGGUACCAGGACAUCUACGCGGACGAUGAUGCAGACGAAGGCGAGAGGGCGAACGGUGACGAGGAAGGACCAGACGGCUGUAUGAGCGAGUGCUUACCGGAACCGAAGCACGGUCCGACGAGUAUCGGCGUUGGAGGGAUCCAACAUCAGCAUACCCAGGCCCCGACACAGCAGCAGCAACAGGCGCAUCAACCUAUGUACUAUCCACCGAAUGCCAUGAGUACUGGUGCGGGAUUACUACCCAACUAUGGAUUACCAGCUGCAGGUGGUCAACCUACGCCAACAUCGACACAAACAAAUGUGCCGCCACCUCUCCAGGCGCAAACAUUCUCACAGCCUCAGCAGCAACAAUCGGCUCAACAGCCUCAACUGAACGGACUUCACGAUGAUCUACUGAAAAGUGUAUCAUCCGGAACGGGUAGCCCGUUACUAGCUAGUAGCACGACGGCCAGUGGAUCUUCUACAUUGCAAUCCAGCACUCUCGACCCAUCUGUUUCCACUAUGAACGUGCUUAACCAGAAGCAGCAAAACCCAUCUCAAACGCUCGCCCAAACUCAAACGGCUAUCCUGCAUGGGUUUACAACCCAGCAGCAUCCAUCUCGAAUAAUAGCCGGUGAGGCGGACGUUGUAAAACAUUCGCUCAACGAUCGCAGCCUUGCAACUGAAGGUACGCUACAGGUUUCAAACGCUACCGGCACUACCAGUCCAUCAGACGAUUUUGACAACCAUCCGUCACAGUUAGCCCAGCAAAACCAUAAGAGCCAGCAGCAGCAGCACCCCUCGAUUCCAAACCAGCCUUCCCAUUCGCAGCAGUCAGCUGGAAAUCAUGGUGGUUAUUUCGGUAGCAAGCAACAGCAGUUGCAAAAUCAGUCGGUGCUACAGUCCAUAGAACCAAAAACCUAUGCAAACUUGGUGAAGUCGGGCGUGGGGGCUGGAGGACUCACUUUUGCAUCCGCCAUCCAAGCUUCGCUGAACACAGUCGGGCAAACGCAGCAAUUGCCACUUCAACCGGCACAGCCGCAGUCGCAGCAACCGCAACCACUACAGCAGCAGGCAUCACAACCUCACCACCAACAGCAACAGCAGCAAAAUCAGGAACAGCAAGACCACCAGCAGCCUCAAAACCAGCAACCGCAGCAGCAGCAGAAAACACAACAGCAAGGAAAGCAGCAGGUGCCAGGACAGCAGCAGCAACUGUUACAACAGCAAAAGCAACAGCAACAAAAGCUGCAGCAACCGCCGUCUCACCAUCAGCAACAGCAACAGCAAUUAAAACAGCAGCAACAGAAACAACAUCAACCGCAACAGCAGCAGCAACAAACGAAACAACAGCAGCAAAAACAGCAGCAGCAACCGCAACAUCAAAACCAGCAACAACAGAGCCAAAGUCUUCAGCAGCAGCAGCAGCAUCCGCCUUCAUACAUACCGGGGAGCCGUGGCCAGCGAGAUGUUGGAGCGCCAGUUAUAUCAGGCAAUAAUGCUGCCGCAGCUGGAGGUGGAGCCAUGGGGGGCGGGCUCGGCGUAAACAACAAGUUCAACCACGACCGUCAGCAGCAGCAGCAGGAUACGAAUACACUCGGCGCUGGUCAACAGGGUGGUUCAAGUAUGACUGUUCAGCCACAACAGCAGAGGCCACAGCGCUCGAUGCGCUCCAACGGUACUGGCGGAAAUGGCAGCGCUGGAGGUUUAAGACAGCACGACAAUCGUCUUUCCGGUAGCUACGGACGUCAAAACUACGACAGUGAGGAACGGCGGCAAAGCUCGGCAGGCCAGUUUGGGGACAAUCAUCAACUGUUUCUUGGCAACAUACCGCAUCAUGCCACUGAGGAAGAACUUAAGACACUUUUUAGCAAGUUCGGCACAGUCGUUGAUUUGCGGAUCCUGUCCAAGACAGUACAAAAGCUACCAGGGGUCCGUACGCCACCUCAUUACGGUUUUAUUACCUAUGAGGAUCCGAGUUCGGUGCAAACGUGUCUGGCGAACAUGCCCCUUUAUUUUCCCGAAAAUUCGCCUGAUGGCCAGAAGCUUAACGUCGAGGAAAAAAAAACGCGCGUCCGCGGACCAAACGACACAACGGGGGGUAACAGUGUGGGCGGGGGACGCCUUAAUGGUAGCAUCGGUAGCGUUGGUGGCUCAAGUUCAGCGGGUGGGCGAGCGGCUGGGGGCGGCGGCGGUCAAUCGCGUGGAGGGCCGCUGGGUGGGGGCCAGGGUGGUGGUGUCAGCAGUAUGAACCGCGGAAGCGGAGGUGGGGGGCCCCGGAAUCUAGGAAGUGGCGCAGGGGUCGGUAGCAGUGGCCCGAAUCGAAGCACCAGUGGUGCUGGAAGUGGCAACAAUGGUGGUAGCAACAGUGGCGGUGGUGGCAGCUACAGCCAGCGGAACGACCGUAGUAAUGUGAACGCGCAACGUUCGGUUGGCAAUACAUCGGCUGUCAGCAACCGUAGCUUUGGUUCUGGCUAUUAAUAGUCGACAAAAAAUUCUAAGCGAUAGAAGAGAGGGUUUGUGUGUUGAUUGCAUUGCACAAGAACAAAUCGCUAAAGUGCGCUUGAUAACAGCGUAAGUCGGUAUACGUGUGCAUUGCGUAUUUGUGUCUAGCGGGUUUUCUUUUUAAAUACACAACUUCAAGAUAGGAGGUAGAACAAUGGUACAAGACACUGAAUCGCUGGAUGUAUCUUUUGCUGAGCCGUUAGUACCGGCUUAGUACCGUUCAAUCAGGUAGUAUCACAGCAGCACACAGGACACAAGAGACAAACAAAAAAGGAAACGCUGCAAACAUUACUGAACAAUACUAGCGACCAUCUGUCCGACAUGAGAUAGUUGCUCCAGUUUUCGAUAGCUUUUCCUUUCCUUGUUCAACACAUGAAAUGAAAAGGGACUCUUCGAAGAUAACCAAAAUACAGCGCAAUGGCAUGGUGUUAGCAGAGAAUGAAGCAUAAAGUAAAUGAGUGAAGGCGCUGAAAAGACAAAGAAGAGAAGCUAUAAAUGGCUAUAGACAAAAAAUAAGACGCAAUAAUUGUAGAGCAGAAAUAGUUACAACAAACCACGGCAGAUAUUACUGCAGCAGGAUGUGUCCUACAUUAAGAAUAUCCAUUUUUGAUACAAUUUUCCUAUGAUGAAUGUGAGCUGUGGCGAUCAUCGAGGAGCAGAGAAACGCUACUUGCUCAUUUGCUAGCCUGUUUACCGUUAGUUCAUUUCCUAAUAGUAGCUUACAUUUAUAACCCGAGCAAGCAUAUAGCUCAUCAUACACGUACACUUCCGACAACACAAGCACACAAAAGUACGUCAUUCUCCAGGUAUUAUGGUAGGAUGCAUAUGAGCGAAUCCCACAAAAAUGAGAUAAAUAUGUUUUUUACACAUCUUAAUUUAAGAUAACAGCGCGUCCGUUUAACGUAGAGAUGAAAGUCAAACGAAAAAGUAUGGAAUAAAACAAAUCUAUAGCUGGAAAUCUCGUAGAUAUAUGGAAACAUAACAUUAAACAUUCAUUGGCUAUUCGAUGACAUGCGCCCGGGCAUUCGAACUUGAUAAAGGAUACAGCUGCUUUCACAUCCAGAGCGUUUUUAAAAAC